AUCUUCGCUUCUCUCUUUCUUUUAUUUUCUUCUGUAUCCCCUCUUCUGCUCAUUGACUACUCAUCUGUCCAGCUAUCACGCUGGACUCCGCUGAGCAUUAUGUUGCUCUGAUAUCUGGACACCUCCUCGAGUCAGCCUUGCUGACAUCUGACAAUCCAUUGAUCCGAGCGUCUUCCACAUUACUACUUGGUCUCCAUUGAUGAGCCAAAUCCAUUACUACUUAUUGUCUUUGCAUAUACACGUAUGAUAAGUAGACUUUUAUAUUUUUCCAUAUCAUCCCGGGAUCUCCUUAAGCCGUCGUUGUACGAAAAAGUUCAGUCAUGUCAUUUCUCAGCGGGCUGUGCGGCUGCUUCGCCCCGAAGAGUCCCCCGCGCGCACCAUCAGCCCGGGCUCCAAGCCGAGCAAUGGCCGAAACCCAUCACCAUCAUCACUAUCACAAUGACAGCAACUUCACAUCUCACUAUCAUCCCGAUGAAGGGCCGGUCUAUAUGACCUUCGACGAGGAUGGGUAUACCCCACCCGUCCCGCUGCCACGGUACACCCCACGACCGAUGAGCAGCAUCCAAGAAAAGACGCUGGAAGCGCACAUGCGUGAUCCCCCCAUCUCCUCGUCACGCUCCAUCGCCUCGCUGCAUGAUGAGAAGCACCCGCGCGACUUUGCCAGCACAGACGGCGACGAGCUCACCUCGGACGUCUCCUCGGCGAUAUCCUUCCCAAGCAGCUACGGCAACACCUCGACGGCCACGAGGGAGACGCCGCCGCCGCCGUAUUCGCCGCGCAUCUCGCCUGCCCCGUCGAGGGCCAUGUCCAUCUCCUCGUUGAAUCCGCCGCCGCUCCCUCCGCCGCCGCCUAUGGCGCAUAUUGCGCAGCCUAGGCCGGUGCUGCGGCGGGAGUGUCUGCCGCGGGAUCUUGCGGGGCAUGGCAGGGUGAGUUUUGAGAGCGAGCGGCGCUUCUCGUGGGAGAGUAGGUGAUUAACGAAUAACGAUGUUGCAGUAAUCAUUCGCUUUUGUUUCUUUGCCGGUGGCUCAUAGUUGGUCUUUUGUUUCGGUGGGAAGCAUUCUUUCCACUUACAUUAAUUAAUGGCUGGCCUCGAUGGUCUGAUGGAAGCAUUGCGUUCUUUUGCUCUUGGGUAAUGGGAUUGAGCCACAUCAUGCUAUGCAUGCGGGAUUGGGUGGCUGGCGCAAUUGGACGGAGUAUUGCUUGUAAUAUUGCACAUACGCAUCUAUAAUAAUGACGAGUCGCUUAUGAAUGAACAUUGGCUUAGAUAUCAUCCUACCAGCUGACAGGCUC